AUGAAACUCACAUCAGACUCCGUGAACGACGUAGCUGUUAACGGCUCCGGAAUUGUGGAGUUGGACAGCAACGCGACAACUGGUUACUGCUGGAUGGUAAAAGGCUACAAGAAGGUGGGUGUUGGGAAGUUCGAGAAAGGAACUGAGGCAAGCGACAGCUGGUCCAUCAAGAACAGCGAAUACACCAAGCCGACGAACAACAUGCCAGGGGCUCCUGGUAAGGAGUCCUUUGAGUUCGUAUUCCACGAGCCAGGUGAACACGAGAUCGUCAUGCUGUACGCGAGACCCUGGGAGGCAAAUCAACCAGGAAAGACUGUAACUUACAAGGUCAAAGUAACAUAA